GCCACAGCCACGGGGACGGGGGGACCCUGGGCCCGCGCCUGCCACCUUCCCCCCACGCUGCCCAUGCUCCAUGUUGCCAAUUGCCAUCGCUUUUGCCGGCGCGCCGCUCUCUCUUGAGCUUUCCUUCCCUGUUCGGCUCGGCAUCCCUGACCUCCUGUUCGCGUCCUUCUCUGCCCGGCCACCCGCCACCGCCCCGCCGCACCGGAGGCGCGCCCGCCUAGGCCUCCCCUCUGCCACCGACGGCGGCGGCGAUCCAGCCGAGCCGAUCGAUCCUCGUGUCUCGCCUGCCCACCAGGUCUUUCCUCCUGACGUUCACGUACUACGUGCCUCUCGUCCCCGCUCCGGCCCCUUGCCUGCCUGCCUGCCCGCCGUCGCCGCCGCCGCUGACGCUCGCCUUGUUGUGCCCCCCCGUGUGGCGCUUCUCGCUUUUCCAGAUCCCGGCCCUCCGAUCACGUCACCGGCUCGGCUACCUACAGGGGGGAACUGGGAGAGGGGCAGCCGGGCAGGCCAUGGGCGUCGAGGCGAAGCGAGAUGCCUGGUGCGGCACCAAGAAAACGCUAAGGUGCUGCAUCAGAACAGGCUGGAGAUGCGCCUCUCAGCACUGGCCUCUGUUCAGCCUAGUGCUGCUGCUCUACCUGCUGCACAGGCACGCACCGGGCCUCUUCGCUCUCCUGCUCUCCGCUUCUCCGGUGAUCAUAUGCACCGGCCUCCUCCUCGCUGCGCUGCUAUGCCACGGGAGCGCACGCCUUCCGGAGGUCCGUGAAGACGGGACGGCUCCUGAGCAAGUUUCAGCUGGGAGGUCUUCUAGAAAUGUUGAUAUCAGAGAAGAACAGCAGAGAUUUUCGGUGCCUACGACGUUGGAGAAGAACGUAGCCAAGGAGGCAGGCUGUGGCACAAGGGACUGUAACGGGCAUGCUGGUCUGGAUGAAAAUGUUCCUCUUCUGAAGCAGGUUCAUCAAGGGGAUGAGACUGAGAGACCUGAAGGUUUCCACACUCCUGUUCCUUCGCUGAAGCAAGAAGCUGCCACGGAAGGAUACAUGAAGUACAACGCAGAAAAAGAGUCUGAAGGUGCGUUUUCUAGCAAGGAUGAGUGUGCCAGUUCGUUCGAUGACGUGCAUCGUAAUGCAGUUGAUGGGGAAGAGACAGCCCUAGGCCUUUGCUCUUCAAGAGAGGAUGUUAGUGACGAUGUUAAAGUGGUGGCAAAGGCAGAUCAGCAAGGGACAGUAUCCACAGAUGCACAGUCUGCCGAUGGAAGCGCGGGUAAAUGCAAAUGGGGCCGUGCUUUCUCCGUGCGCCGGAGGAAGAAGCUUGCUGAUAUAAAGAUCGAGGCUAUUAGUUCUGUUCCGGACAACCAGUUGGACCAUUCUCUAUGCUCGCCAUUCGCUACGGUUGGCAGCCAUGACAACAGUUCAUCAGGGUUUGGCCCUGAUAAUGCAGAGGGACACCCACCUGACGUUUCUAUGACAGACUCUUCUCCGGUGAUUGAUGAGACCGAGACGGGCCCUCCCCUGGGUCUGGGUGUUGAUCGCUCUUGUCCUGGUCUCCUUAAUACUGGUGAUUCAGACAACCAUUUGAACAUGGCUUCUCUGGAUCGUCAACCUCCGAGUGUUAACAAUGAAGUGGCUGACAAUAGCAAGGCCAAAGAUGAUGGCGAGGAGGAGGAGAAGGAUCCUGGAACUGAGCCUGCAUUUCUCUGGACAGCCGACAACGAGAAGAACGCCAUGGAUCUUGGGUACUCCGAGACCGAACGGAGCCGUCGGCUGGAGACGCUGAUGGUGAAGAGAAAAUCCAGGAAAAACAUACAGUUUGAGCUGGACGGCGUGGGCGGUCUAGCAGACGGUUUAUCACGGUUCCGUCCGAAAGUUCAUCCUGUUUCAGUUCCAGCGCGAAGGAUGAACCCGUUUACUAGCGACGACGCGGAGAUCCCAGGCUCGGCUCCUCCUAUUCUGCAUCCACGAGACGACCCCUUCAGUUUCCUCACCGAUGAACAGCCAGACGACAACAGUGGCCACCCUGCACACCAUAGUCUGGGACCCCAGGAACCGAUGCCAGCUCUGCAUCAGGACGCGCUGUUCAGAAGGCACGAGAGCUUCAGCUUCGGCAGGCCGCCGCAGAGACACGGGCCCAGGCUCCAGCCAUGCUUUGCCCUGGAGGAAUCCAGCCUCGGCGAAGCGAGCGCGAGCGGUUUCCAGAGGCAGUUCAGCGACAGGAGCGUGUCGUCCAGGCUCAGCGUCGUCUCCGAGUGCGACACGGUCUCUUCGGCCGGCGACCAGGAGCACAACGAGCUCGUACGGAACUACAUUCGCGGGGUGCGCGAGUCGCCUGGCCUGCUCGGGCAGGACGUCGACGGCGACGCUGUGUGUACCAGUACCGCCGGAAACGAGUGCUCGGACGGGAUCGGCUUCGUGGAGAACGAGACUCUGAAUGCUGUCAUCUGCUGAUGGUGAAUGGAUGGACUUGGCUGCAACGAAACGAAACUUUGAUAUAUAUAUUGUGGAUGAAGAGCAGACGGGAUUGCUGUUGUAGCCCCUCUACGUUUUUGUUUGUUUCUUGUUUGCACUCGUCUGUCUAAGUCUAACAGGGGGUUUGUAUUCUACCUGGUACAUUUGCACAG